AUGCCGAUACGGAUGGCAGCUGCCGGCGACGAACGGAGGACCAAACUAUUGCGGCGCACGGGAGGAUCAGGGCAGGCCACCACGGCGCGGCAGCGCCAGCGCAGGUCCUUCUCCAUGCUGGCUGACGACAUCCUCGUCACCAUCUACCGGUUGCUGGACGAGUAUCCGAGCAGCCGCGCGCGCUUCGCCGCGGUCUGCCGGUCGUGGCGCGCGGCGGUCGCCUCAGAGCCACGGGCGCCCGUCCUGCCAUGGCUGCUCCUCUCGCCGCGGGAAGCCGGCGGCGACAGGACGAGGCUCGCGCGAUCCCUGGAGGACGGCGCCGUGAUGCGCAUCUGUCCCCGACCAGGGCUCGUCGGGAGGCGCCUUGUGGGCGGCUACGACGGCUGCUGGGUCGUCUCGUGCCACCCGCCGCCGAUCAGGAUCGUCAACCUCUUCUCGGGAGCCGAGCUGGCGCUUCCCGGGAAGCUGAGCAAGAUCGCCUGCCCUCGCCGCGACCAUGGCCGCGGCGACACCCGUUGCCCGAUAGUCGUCUCCAAGGUCGUCUUCUCUGAGCCGCCCACCUCGGACGGCUGCAUCAUGGCUGCCAUGACCGAGAACUGUGGCCUCGCGCUGUGCAGGGUCGGUUGCCCGGAGGGUGGGUGGUCGAUACACGGCUGCCAAGUCGAGUCAUUCAUGGAUAUCGCCUUCUGCAACGGUGAGCUCUAUGGAGUCACGCGCGGCCACAAACUUGUCAAGUUUGACAUCACCUUGCACAAGGGCGGAGCUCCAAUGGUCACGGCCGACACCCGAGUAGCCUUGCAAAUGGUUAGCCGUCACAAUUCCAGAAACUCUUGCAAGGAGUAUUCCGUUUACCUGGUGGAUUUGCACGGCAAGCUCGCAAUAGCGAUCAUGACCUGGUGGUGCCUCGGAACCGAGCCUUUCUUCAAGGUGUACCAGCUUGUUGAUAAUAACGAGACAAGUGGGACAACAACAUGUUGCAACAAUAGAUGGGAGGAGGUAACGAGCUUAGGCGACCAUGCCUUGUUUUUGGGGCAGACAUUUUCCAAAGCGGUUCACGUGCCAAUGGACAUGUGCGGUGACGUGGAGAGAAACCGCAUCUACUACUCCAACAAUAGCUCUCGAAGUUUAAACGCCGAAGUUCACGGUGAUGCGGUGAAGUUGACAAUCUCAUACGGAAACGGCGACCUCAAGUAUGAAAGGGAAAAAAGUACGAGCAUUGCCGACUAUGCUGAGAAAAUCACGUCUGUAGGGUACUUCAUGAAGUGUGGCCUUCAUGAUAUCAUGUGGCUGCUUCCCCCUGAUAUUUAG